ACCCAGGAUUCCCUUGAAGCUGCUCUCCAGGAAAAAAGAGAAAUGUUACAAGAUUUUAUUUGCACCUCGCUCACAGGAUAGGAUCAGCUCGUCAGCGCUGCCGUAUUUAUCUUGUAUCAUCGAUCCGCUGUUGUGUGUGUUUUUUAAGGAGAUGCCGAAACGAGGAAGAAAAGUGAGGCAGAUUUUGUCGGGAACAGACAGUUUGAAAGAACAAGACGCGUUUUAGGAAGAGUCGAUUUAGUCCUCAUUUUAUUUUUAUUAAUUUAUCAUCUUUCUUUUUUAAUACGGGAGCAUUCGUGCAUAGAAGAAUUGCAAAGUAGCCCGUUUAUCUCUCUGGCUGCAUCAAUUUUAAUAUGAGCUGAUCACUGUCUGAACGGCUAUGAAGUAAAAGUUUCAUAUGUCUUUUUUUUAUGACAUGGCAUGCUUCACAUCUUGCUUACAGUAAUCUGCUUCAGGCUAUGCAUUAAAACCAAAGGCGAUUUACAAGCUGCAUUCUUGGUUCAACACGCAGCCCUGUGAAAUAUGAUUUUACUCAUAUUUGUUUUGUCGAAAAUAUAUAUUUAAACAAAUAAAACGACGGGAGGUGAAGUUUUUUUUUGGGAGGUGGGGUUUUCCUGUUCAUUUGCUUGAGAUUUCUGUUUAUCAAGGACAGUAGCAAAGGGUCUGUCUCAAAACUCCGGAGCGCUAGGAUAUAUGAAGAUCGCGACACAGUUGGUUUCCCCUCGCAGAAAUGCCAGUGCGUGCUGUGACCACCAGGUUCAUGUACAAGGGACUUUGCACUAUUCCAGAUGUCCUCACCUACCGGACCCCUGUUAUCCUGCCCGAGGAUGAGGUGGAAGAAAUUCGUGAGGCUUUCAAAGUAUUCGACCGAGAUGGGAACGGUUUCAUCUCAAAGCAGGAGCUGGGGAUGGCCAUGCGCUCUCUGGGCUACAUGCCCAACGAGGUGGAGCUGGAGGUUAUCAUCCAAAGACUUGACAUAGAUGGUGACGGUCAAGUUGGCUUUGAUGAAUUCGUCACAUUGCUUGGUCCUAAACUCUCGGCUGCUGGGAUGCCUGAUAAGUUCCACGGAGCUGACUUUGAUUCAGUGUUUUGGAAGUGCGACAUGCAGAAACUGACUGUGGACGAGCUUAAGAGACUGCUUUACGAUACUUUCCGUGACCACCUCACCAUGAAAGACAUUGAGAACAUCAUCAUGACCGAGGAGAGCCACCUAAACAGUCCAGAGUCCCACGUGGACAUUGACACAAGCCCAACACAACAGGAGAAACACACGUGUGUGCGUAAAAGCCUGAUUUGUGCCUUCGCCAUUGCGUUCAUCAUCAGCGUUAUGCUCAUCGCAGCCAAUCAAAUGCUCCGCAGAGGAAUGAAGUAAAUCACUACACCAAUUGGUUACGAAGAGAUUUAAGGAUGGACGAUGAAAAAUCAAACAUUAACCAAAAUACUUGACUGUUUUUUGGUUUCGUUCAAUGUUUCCAACACCCACAACUUCUCUAUACUGGACAAAAUGAUGUCACACAGUGGUUUUGUAUGACCACCAAUCACUGCAUACCAUAGUAAAAAGGAAAGAACGACAUUUCAAGGGCUGAUUAGUAUCCUAAGUACCCCAGUAUCCUAAAAAAGAAAUAUGUCACUGAUUCAAACUUCUGAUGUUUUCUAAGAAAUCACAUAGGAGAGCAGGCUGCAGAAGUGUGUGCCGUAGUAAUAGCUGUGCUGUGUCUAAUAUAUCAAAAACAAAUAAUGUUGUUGAUGAGAACUCUGCCAUUUGGAAUGCACCCAGUAAUAUUACUGAUGAUAGUAAUAAAGCAAUACAAACGUGUUGAUGGGCUGCAUAUUAAGUAGCUUUAAAUCACUUAGGGAAAACAUAAGGAUAAAUGACUGGGCACUGCAUAAUGUGUCUCUUUUAAGUCUCUUGUUUGUUUUAGUGCCAAGAUUUCCGGUCCAGAAGUCCAACUCACAUCCAGUUUAACAUACUUUGCUGAACCAGCACCAUCUGUGAUCUGAAUCUUAAGAAAAGAUUAGCACCAAUACUUCAAAACACAAAUCUGUUGAAUGGAAUAUUUAAAGGCCCUUGAUAAGUUUUUUGCCAUGCUAGCCACAAGGCUCUGGGGACGACACUGUCACCACUGAAAUAUCUGGAUGACUGCUGUAUAAAGUUUUGUACAGACUCGCAUUGUUCCUACAGAAUGACUCUUACUGACUUUGGUGAUUCCCCUGACUUCCCCUGUAAUGCCACUAGCAGAUCAAAGUGUUCAGUUAUCCUUUGAAAUCUCAACAUCCACAGGAUAAAUUGGCACAAAAUUUGGUACAGACUCUUAUGGUUCCCGAGGGAUGUGACCCAAUGACUUUGGUGAUCCCCUGAUCUUUUCCUUUAGUGUCACCUUGAGGUUGAUAUUUGCAGCUUUGAGUGAAAUGUCUCAACAACUAUUGGCUUGAUUGUCGUGGAAUUCAGACAUUUAUGUUCCCCUCAGGAUGGUCUGUGAUAACUUUGGUGGCAUUUUUGUGACAUUUCAUAUAGCGCCGUCAUCCAGUCAGCUUUGUUUAUUUGUCCGAUACUUUUGUUGAUGACCGAAUACCUGUUGAAACUAAGAACAUCAGCUUCACAGGGCUGCAUAGCUGUAGCCUCUUGGUGUCGUUAAGAUAUUGCAAAGCUGCAAACAGCUGUAGGACAACAUGCAAAUCUGUCAGGUGCCCUGCUUUGUCACUUUUAUUAGAUGCUAGAAGCUUAAAUCAUUGAAUAUUUUGUAAAACAUCAUAUCAUGUUAUCACCCAACAAGUCCCAGCUCAGCUUAAACUGAAAGAAGAGCCUAUGAUUUAAAAGCAAAGACGUGAAAAGAAGGGGAAAAAGUCAGUCCUCCCAAGUUUCCCACCAUGACAAUGAGUAAUAAAUUAACUGGUGAACAAGCACAUGAACACACUGGACAACACUGCUGAAAAGAAGGAUGGAAAACAGAGACAUGUGUAAACCACAUGCUGUGCAUUCCAGUCAGCUGAUCCCACGGGCUAUUUCUAAAGAUGUCACGGUUUCCUAAAAAUUAAUUGGUUUGUUUAAAAGCUCAGAGCGAGCCUUCCUGGCUGAACAGCUUGGGGUUGAUUUGUAAAUCAAACAGCUAAAAAUGUAGGUUGAAAAAUUAAGCCGCAGUGAACAAUAAAGUCAAAAUAAAAGGCAGGACACAGACGGAUAUCACAUAAUCCCCUCUAAGAGAUAUCAGACAAGAGUGUGAGCAUAGGUAUUUAUGCAAAAAAAAAGCCCAAACGUCAAGACAAAUGACCGUCACACAACUUGUAAAACAUGUUUCAUACUCACAGUCUGCCAGCGAUACAUGCACAAUGCUGCAUAUUCCAAAUCUGAGCACUUAGGCACCAAAAUAAGUCAUAAUGAGUGACAGUGAAAGAUUUGCUGCGUGACCUGAACUACCAGCUGUGAAUAAAGUUUAUAGCUUCAAGAAAAGUAGGUAUUAACUGUAUUAUUAUUUCUAGCAAAUGAGAAUGAAGGAUAUCCAGUUCACACGACACACUUGCAUGUACAUUACAAUAGAAAUAUAUGUGUGUUCUAUGUGUGUGAGAUCAAAUUUUGACUCUGAUGUAUGUAUUAAAAAUAAUUAUGCAAUUUGUAUCGUAAUCAUUGCAAAAAAAAAAAAAUCUCAGUAUUUGACAUUUUCCUGUAAAUGUCGAUUUUUGUGGACGUGCAGACAAUAUCGAAAAACACUCAAUCCUUUGCAGUAUGCUGUGAACAAUAAUUUAACAUAUCAUGAAAAGUGUUGUUUUCUGGCUUUACAUGGACCACCAAAACAACACAUUGUUUAAAGUAUAACAUGGUUAUAUUUUCUUACUUGGAAAAGUGAUACAUUAAAUCUAUGUGGAUUUUAUUAUGAAUGUAAACAUGAUGUUUUGUAUAAAAACAAUAGGGGGGAAAAACGUACAAAAAAAAAUAUCAGGUUUCUGAUAUAAUUUCCAGGUCGACUGGACGUUCAGAUACAAGUUCUUGUGUGUAUUAAGGCCAUGCACUUACAUUAACUUUUCUGAUUGGUUAAGAUUCAUUUUUCUGAAUGUUUUCUCCAACAAAUAUUUGUCAGAUUUGACAAGUUUUACAAAAUGCUCUAUAUUUUUUCUUGCUCUUUUUAUCUUAAAGUUUAUCAAAGCUAUAUCACAGGAGGAAGCGUGCGAGACGGCGAGUAUCAUCCUGGCAAUAAAGCAGAUAUUUUAUCUCGUAGCUAAAUAGUAGCUGUUUAUGUAUGAACUACUUAUAUGACAUCACAUUACCUCUUUGUGUGGACAUAUCAUGUAAGGUAUGGGUUUUGUGUGAAUGUAGAAUAUAGUUAUUGUGUCAAAUCUUGUCUUAAGACAUAUAAGUAAUUAUUGUGUCCUAUUCUGUAUGUUACAGUGCUUUAAUGGGCAGAUUUAUGUACACUCUGUUGACGGAUUGUCUUAAUUGUUGUUAUGACUUUGAUUUGGACUGUAGACGUCUCCUGUUCUGUGCCUUUGUCAUUUGGAGUAACAACUGCGCUCUCAUGCCUUGACUUACUUCUGAAAGUCUUUUAGAAAGAAGGAAAAUCCAUUUUACAAAAUUGCCACUUUUAACAGAAAUGAAUCUGAUGCUAAAUGUAUUUUUCAAACUUAAAUAAUCAAUCAGUAACUAAAGUCCCAAUAAAUAUUCAUGUAUUAUCUUUCUCUCUCCCCUGUUCUUAGUAAAACUUGUAGUUAAUAUUUGUAUCAUCCAGCUGUGUGACAUUACGAGUAAUUUUAACGUCUAGACGGAGAAAAUCCAGCAGUUUUAUUUCUGUAACUGUUAUUGCACAUGUAGAGGUUACUGCAUCAGUUAUACACUAAUGUAAGUGGUGUCUAGAUGCAUGUAGUCCAAUAAAAACAAAGGCACUAAAAAUGAA